AUGCGCUGGGUGGUAUUCCUGAUUUUACUACAACCAGCUUGCGGUCAAUUUGGGGAGAUUGCAUCUUUGGCAUCAUCAUUCUUGGGCCCUGCCCUUUCCGGUGGGCUUGGUGGCGCUGGAGCCGCUGCGGGAGCCGGAGGUCAAGCAGUUUCGGCGCUCUCUCAGAUCGGACAAUUGUACCAAUUGGCCCAAGGAGCUCUGCAAUUGACCGGGACUGGAGUCUCGGUCUUAAACAAAGCCAGUGAGGGAGCCUGGUUCCCGGCUGCUAUUGAAAACCAAGCCAAGACAAAUGAGCGGUUUGGUAUUGCUGGUGGAUCGCCUGGUGGUUUGGGUGGUCUAGGUGGACUCGGUGGUCUCGGCGGACUUGGAGGUCUUGCUCCCCAACCAUCCGCUGCCAAAAUAGGCCCCGAAUUUGGUGUGGAUUACAGCAACAUUGACGAUAAGGAUGAUGGAGGACUGGAACCGAUUAAUGCCAGCACAACAACGGAAACGCCGCUACUCGUCACGACAUCGCCCCCGGAUCCAUUCACAACCAUGCCCAGUGAGACUGAGCAUGUCACAUUGUUCCCGCCGGAUUAUGAGAAUUUUGAGAAGGGGAAUGAGAUUAACAUCGAAAUCCCAAAAGCCUCGGGCAGCACAGACGGCGGUGAUUAUGAAAAUAUCAUUACCGAAGGCGAAAAACAAGUCCGCAUUGCUUCCCACCUAGAUCGCGAUGAUGAUGAGAAUCUGCUUGAAAAAGCCUCCAGCCGCCGGGUCCGCGAGAAUCAUGUCGAACGCGCCGUACCUAACCUUGAGAAACUGAUCGAGGUCCUGGAAAAGAGCCACCUAUCCAAGGAUGAAAUUAAGGAGAUUGUGAAUCAGGUCGCUGGAAACGCGAACAACGAACAAUCGGGACCGUCUAAUCAUAUUGAUCUGAAUUCUGGGGUUCGAAACAUCUCUCCAUCGCAAUUUGAAAAUCGUCAGCGUAUUCUAAGGGCCUCUCGAGAGCUCAACAAGAACGUUCACCCACGUUUUGUAUCGCCUAGACAGCAGCGUGGCAUUAAUGCAAAAAUAAUUGAUAAGGAUUCAAUUCAAGCUAGACCACUGGCUACUGUGCCACUAGCGGUUACGCAAUCUCCCUACAAUCCUUACGGCUUCGUGUUGACAACUCCUCAACCUCAAGUACAACAGGGUCAAUGGUAUCAGGGCAGGUGGUACCCUGCUUAUCAACAAGGCUUCCAACAGCAAUGGCAAUUCCAAUACCCUGGCCAGGGCCAAACCCCGCAACUCGCCUACCAGCAGUAUCAAUAUAAUGGGCAGCAAGGCCAAGGGCUUAGCCAUGUAUUCCCACAACAGCAACAAGUUGUGAACAACCAACAACCACAACAACAACAACAACAACAGUAUCGACCACAACAACAAGUCAACCAACUCCCACAAUACGGAGUCCAGCCCCAAAACGUCCAACAACCCUAUUACUACCAACCAAAUCAACAGUACCAGCAGGGACAGCAAUAUCCAAACCAACAGUAUCAGCAGAAUCAACAAUAUCAGCAGCCGGCCGUUCCUCAGAACCCUCAACCUACCGCACAACCAUACCAAAAUCCACAACAAUUGGCUACUAAUCAACAAUUGCAACCACGCAUUGCUAUCUCACCAACUGUACAGGUCGUUCAGCCAACCAACAGUGCUGGUUCAGCCGGCCAACAGCCAGCCAGGCGGUCAGUUCCUACUCAGCAAGUCGUUCAUCAGUCUUCCCACCAAACUGACCUGCAGGUCGCCAGAGGCAGCACACACAAGAAACUUCCGCUCCAAGAGAGAUCCGGGUCCACGACCUUUGUGAGGAGACAUAGCCGCCGAGCAUGCGCUACAAACGCAAGUCCUGCCCGCGAGAAUGCCCGCGCCUGUGUUCUAGGCACGGGGCACAGCCAUGUACCGGACAUCCCAUCUAAUUAUUCCGAACUACCGCCCAAUCACCCCUCGCCCUCGAAGAAAAUACCCAACGAGAACUGCUCGUACCCUACCUUUGACCACUCCUUCUCCGCGCAUCGAAUUACCCGAAGGCAUCUAUGC